CUGCGGGCUUCGCGCUGGGUGCAGCAACUGGAGGCGUUGGCGCAUCAGGAGGAGGCUGCAGCUAGGGGAGUCCAGAAUUCCAGGACAGCACUCCAGCAGCAUCCAGCACCAUGAACCCAGCCAUCAGCAUAGCUCUCCUGCUCUCAGUCUUGCAGAUGUCCCGAGGGCAGACGGUGACCAGCCUGACAGCCUGCCUGGUGAACCAGAGCCUUCGCCUGGACUGCCGUCAUGAGAACAACACCAACUUGCCCAUCCAGCACGAGUUCAGCCUGACACGAGAGAAGAAGAAGCACGUGCUCUCGGGGACCCUCGGAGUCCCCGAGCAUGCGUACCGCUCCCGGGUCACCCUCUCCAGCCAGCGCUACAUCAAGGUCCUCACCCUAGCCAACUUCACCUCCAAGGAUGAGGGCGACUACACUUGUGAGCUUCGAGUCUCAGGCCCGAAUUCUUCGAGCUCCAAUAAAACUAUCAAUGUGUAUAGAGACAAGCUGGUCAAGUGUGGCUGCAUAAGCCUGCUGGUUCAGAACACUUCGUGGAUUCUGCUGCUCCUGCUUUCCCUCUCCCUCCUCCAAGCCAUGGAUUUCAUUUCUCUGUGACUGGUUGGGCCCAAGGAGAAACAGGAAACCUCGAGGUCCACUGCAGAGUCUUGCUUCUCCUGGUCAGAUGACUCCCUCCCCAAGUCCUUCAAAUAUCUCAAAACAUGGGGAGAAACAGGGACCCUGUCCCUCCUAGGGAACCCCAGUGCUGCAUGCCAUCACCCCCCAUCCUCACCUCCACCCCCUACCCCCUACCACGUCACCCUCAAUAUACACCAUUAGCUGCCGUUUUAUUCUCUGUAUUCCAGGGCUGCUUCUGAUUAGUUUGCCCUUCCCUGGAAACUUGAUAGAACAUAAGGGCAUAUGAUGGGUAAGGGAGGCAGGAUAUCAGUCCCUGGGGCAAGUUCCUCCUUGCCAACCAAGCCAGAUGCCUGAGAGAGAUAUGGAUGAGAGGAGUUAGACUGUGUCUGUGCCCAGUACAGUCAUACUCUGUUGAAUCACCCAGUGGGCAGGGAGGGGGGCCUCAAGAUAGAGAGCACUGCUCAGCCUUUGUGGACUGUCCAAUUAGGAUGAGAACUUAGAUUCUACCAGGUCAUUCUCAGCCACCAUAUACAAGCCCCCUCCCAUCACUGAAGAAGCCCCCUAGGGCUCUCAGGCCAGGGCACACUCAGGAAAGAUGCAGGUUCGACCAGGGAAUGUUGGGGAAAGGGGUAUGAGAUGGGAGAGGGCUCACCCCUCCUCUAAACAUGAGCCUGCUGUCUCCAAAAGCCACUGCCCUAUAGUGAGGGUAGCAGAAGAUGAUGAGUUCCCUCCUCUGCUCCCAGGGAGCUAGAACUCUGACUCCAGAAUCUAAGUCAGUGCAGAGAGGGGGUCCUAGAACCAUCCAGUUGGACCCAGCUUGCUAAGGGAGAUCCUUCGUUCUUUCUCUCACCCCUCUGUGCCAGCCCCUCUUGCUGUCCCUGAUCGCCCCCAGCCAGCUAGAGUCUUGCAGCCUGCCUCUUACAGGACCUCCUAAUCUCAGGGGCAGGUGGUAGAGUGAGAUCCAGUGGGCACACUUUUUUGGAAGAUAGCUUUUCCAAGUGUCCUCUUCCCCCACUGGCAGCUCUGCCUGUCCCAUCACCACGUGUAAUACCACCACAGCUUACGGCAUCUCACCGAGGAAAAGAAAACUGCACAAUAAAACCAAGCCUCUGGAGUCUG